UGAAUGUCAGUCUGGACAGUGCCUAACUUUAAGUUUCAAAACACUCAAUGCAGCCUUACAUAAAUUUCAUUUAACGUGUAAAGUGGCAACGCCAUGCAAGUAGCCAUCUUUCUUUCUUUUCCCAACUAUUCGACCGCGUGGACGUCAAUUCGAAGAGGGGACCUUAAAUUAAAAUGACCAACUCAAAGGGUUAUCGUCGCGGCACACGGGACAUGUUUUCCCGUCCUUUCCGAAAGCAUGGAGUUAUUCCGUUGUCCACAUACAUGCGAGUCUUUAAAAUCGGCGACAUCGUAGAUAUUAAGGGGCAUGGUGCUGUACAGAAGGGAUUGCCCUAUAAGGCAUAUCAUGGAAAAACCGGGCGCAUAUUCAAUGUGACUCAGCACGCCGUUGGUGUAAUAGUAAACAAACGCGUCAGAGGUAAAAUCCUUGCAAAGCGAGUCAAUGUGCGCAUCGAGCAUAUCCACCACUCCAAGUGCCGUGAAGAUUUCUUGCGCCGCGUAAAGGAAAAUGAGCGAUUGCUGAAGGAGGCGAAGGAAAAGGGACAAUGGGUCAGUCUUAAGCGCCAGCCGGAACAGCCGAAGAAGGCGCACUUCGUUAAGAAACUUGGGGAACCGAUUGCUCUUGCCCCGAUUCCAUACGAAUUCAUUGCCUAAAGGGAUGUUGUUGCUUGGAAAUUGUACGGAAUGAAAUAAUAUUUGUUAUAAUUGAGUAAACAAAUAUGUGCCCAAUAUAAA